UCUGCUCGAUCUGUCUCAUGCGGCACCCGCGGAUCUAACGAUAUCUUGGCAACUGUCGAACGUGAACGAAUAACAAGGAAAGAGAACGAAGGAGCAGAAAAAAUAUUAUCAGCUUUUGAUUUUCCAGCGUUUUGUUAGGAUAUCAUGUGGGAUAAUAGUCAUUAAUACGAGUCAGUUACUUAAUCGAUGUUAAAGUAACAAGGAGCCUGAAUUUGAUUUCAUCGGAGUGGCGUCGGGCUAAACGUUGCGGUUACACUAGAAGUUGGUGCCUUAAAUAAACGAAACCUUGUUCAGCGGCAAAAUGGCAAAGAUAUGGAUGUUAUCUCUACUGCUCGUUUUUGAGAGCGUCUUAUAUGUUUCAUCUGAAGUGACGGUAUCAUUCAGACUGAAGGCAUACCUCAAUGAGAACAGCAGACUAAUGGAUGGACAGUGCUGUGAUAAUGUAGACCGGCCAUGCAGUAACAGGUGUGAUAACAGCUUUGAUCUCUGCUUCGGGCCUCCAGGAAGUGAUAUCGACAUGGCGAACUGUCCUUACGGACGUGUUGCAACAGGAGCCAUCUUUGACAACCAGGACAGCUUCGCGUUUCCUGAAAUCCUCUCUGGAAACAUUCCCAAUCCUAUGUUGGUUAAGGUCCGAGAAUGGGAGAGAGGUAUCAGAGUAAAGGUCGGUGUUUGGGAUGUCGAUCUAGGGCAUGAGCCAAACAGUGUCGACUUCUAUAGCAGGAACUUCGCCAUCCGACCCGACAUCAACUUGGACGAAGCGCCUAUCUUCAGAUACACGCUUACUGGUGAAGGAUAUACAGAAACGAAAAUAGAGAUUCGUGUGUACUGCUCAGAGCAUUUCUUUGGUGGUAACUGCGACGUUUACUGUAAUCCCGGUGAAUUGGGUCACUACAGAUGUAAUGUUUUGUCUGGCGAGAAAGAGUGCUUUCCAGGUUGGGAUGGUCCGAACUGCGAUGUGAACAUAAACGAAUGUGUCUCUCGUCCUUGUAUGAACGGCGGGUCCUGUGUUGACUUGGAGAACGGAUACAGCUGUACAUGUGUGGACGGAGCAGUAGGAACACACUGCGAGCACAAUCCAGACGACUGCAGGGGAAUAGAAUGCCAAAAUGGCGGACAGUGUGUUGAUGGAUAUGCUUCUUUCACCUGCCAAUGCCAACCUGGUUUCACUGGCCUCACGUGUCAAUUGAAUAUUGACGAGUGUGCAUCAUCUCCAUGUAUGAACGGAGCACUGUGUCGAGAUCUAGCAAAUGCCUACUCGUGCUACUGUCUACCCGGAUUCUUUGGCGAGGACUGUCAGCAUGAGUUCAAUGAAUGUGUAGUACUCAAACCCUGCAGGAAUGGAGGAACGUGUCAUGAUAGAGUAGCAUCCUUUGUCUGCGAAUGUAUGGCGGGAUUUGGUGGGGCUGAUUGCUCCGUGAACCUUGAUGAAUGCGCCAGCACCCCAUGUGCAAAUAACGCCAGGUGUAUCGAUUCGGUUGCUGGGUUCAUCUGUCUUUGCAACGAGGGCUUCCUUGGUCUCCUCUGCGAUGAAGAGGUCAACGAAUGUGACAGCAACCCUUGCGUAAAUGGUGGAAGGUGUAAUGACAUGGUAGACUCGUACGAAUGUCAAUGCCUUCCAGGUUACCUCGGAGAGAAUUGUCAGGUGGAAUCUGAUGAGUGUGCUAGCAGCCCUUGCUUGAACGGAGGGGAGUGUAUGAAUAGAGUAAACGAAUUCCGAUGUAGGUGCCCUAAUGGUUUCAGAGGACAAAGGUGUCAGAUCAAUGUUGACGAGUGUGAGAGUUUGCCAUGCUUUAACAACGCCACCUGUAUAGACCAUAUCGAUGGGUUCCUCUGCGAGUGCACACCAGGAUUCACUGGACUAACUUGCAGGGCGAAUACGGAUGAGUGUCUUAGCUCUCCUUGUCAGAAUGGAGGUCGGUGCAUUGAUGGUGUAAAUGGAUUUGUAUGUGAGUGUAGACCAGGCUUCUACGGAGAGAACUGCCGAAGUGACAUCGAUGAAUGCGCAAGUGACCCUUGUAAGAACGGAGCGAUGUGCCGGAAUCUAGUUAAUGGCUACGAGUGCGAAUGUAUGGUAGGGUAUGUAGGUAAGCACUGCACCACAAACAUUGAUGAAUGUGCCAGCAGUCCAUGUGCUAAUAGAGGUUCAUGUAUAGAUCAGAUCAACGGGUAUUUCUGUAAAUGUAGAUCAGGGUUCGGUGGUCGGCACUGCGAGAUCAACGCCAACGAAUGUUCAACGGAGCCUUGCAGGAAUGGAGGUCGAUGUAUUGAUGCUGUCAAUGGAUUCUUCUGUCGUUGUCGACCGGGCUUCCGUGGCCACCGUUGUGAGAUCAACAACAACGAAUGCGCCAGCAACCCAUGUCUGAAUGGAAUGUGUUUGGACGGUCUCAAUCGAUUUAUUUGCCACUGUAUACAGGGCUGGGGAAAGCAUUGUGAGAUUAAUAUCAACGAAUGUGCCUCACGUCCAUGUAGGAACAAAGGAGUCUGCCGUGAUGGUGUCAACGAGUAUCAUUGUGUUUGUCCACCAGGCUACGGAGGAAGGAACUGUCAUAUUAACAUCAAUGAUUGCGCUACUGACCAAUGCCAGAAUGGGGCUACGUGUGAGGAUGGAAUCCAUGGGUUCACCUGUCACUGUGCACCGGGAUUUGAAGGUAUUCUCUGUGAUGUAAACAUUAAUGAAUGUGCAAGCCGCCCCUGUAUUAACAACGCAAGAUGCAUUGAUGAGGUAAACGGCUAUAGAUGUCAGUGCCUGAUCGGGUACCAAGGAGUCCAUUGCGAGGUCAACAUCAAUGAAUGUGCUUCUGAUCCUUGCCGUGGGUUGUCCACUUGUGUUGAUAUGAUCAAUGCUUUCCGAUGCGACUGUAUCGACGGGUACUUCGGUAGCUACUGUGAAAGUGAAGUCAAUGAAUGCAUCAGCAACCCUUGCCUGAACGAUGGGGACUGCGUCAAUCGGCUGAAUGGCUACAGGUGUAGCUGUAAACCAGGAUACGAAGGUCCUCACUGUGAAUUUAACAUCAAUGAAUGUAGCCGCCAAACAUGUCAAAACAAUGGUAGAUGCAUAGAUGGUGUUGGCAAGUUCUUCUGCUACUGUCGUUCUGGAUUCAGGGGGGAACACUGCGAGGAGAACAUCGAUGAAUGUAUUGACCACAAGUGUCAACAUGGCGCCGGCUGCAGAGACGCAUUGAAUGGUUAUUCUUGCCUGUGCACCGAGGGUUUCACAGGAAGCUUUUGCGAAGAUGAUAUUGAUGAGUGCAGUUUGAUACUCCAGCCAUGCCCACCCGAAACACCAUAUUGCAAGAAUCUAGUUGGGACGUAUGAAUGCUCUAACAUAGCUCCUACAACGAUUCCCCCACCAACCACAACUGAAGACCCUUGUGGACCGAUGCCGUGCGAGAAUGGGGCCACCUGUAUGGUUACACUAGAAGGGAAAAGAUGUCUUUGCUCGACUGGCUUCGUUGGAGAAAAUUGUGAGAUUCCAUUUGUCAACAGCAUAAGUGAAGUAACAUUGGAGAAUCACGUCGACCCACUACUACCUGGAAUGGAGGAACGAUUGGCAGAACUUAUCCAUACUGCGACAGGGAAAGAACCCGACAUUAUGGUGGAAGUUGGCAUCAUCAGCGCCAUCAACGGGUCGUCAUCCAUCUCAGGACUGCCUUUCACGACCGUCGCAUUCAACACCAGCCUCUUCAAUUCAAGCUUUAAUGAAGAUACUGUGAAGCUUUUAACGAUAUCACUAUCUAGGGAAGAACAGAACCGAAUUCUGAGCCCUUAUAAAAUCUUCAAUGAUACACCGGUACUAGUUGAAUUCACAAAACCAGACAAGACGUGGUCAGAACGGAACUGGUUUGUCAUCUUCCUUCUCUUCGUCUUAUUAAUAUCAGCAGCAGUGUUCGGCAUUUGGUACCUGGAUAAGCGAUAUCCGGAAUGCGAUGGAGAAAGCAGAGUGGGAAAAUGGAAACGACUUUUAAAGAUCCAGCCGAAAAAGACUCCAGAAAAGAAAUGAACUACAAGAAAGUACCACAGAUAUAACGAACAUUUUCCGGACAUUUUCAUAACUUCAUGAGUUGUUGAGACAUACAUGAUUGUUCGAGCUGCAUUUCAGCAUACGUGGAAAAUGGUUCAUUAUUUGAACAGACAAUCCAUUCCCAGUUUCUAUAAAGUCAAAAUGGCCGAGUUGAAAGAGAGAAUAAUGAAGUGACAUUAUGUGUGAAAUGUAGUGUAACUAGCAAUUUAAUACAACCUAUUGUUAACAUCUAAUUUGUCAAUCUUUCGAUUCUCUCUAAAACAGACCUUAUGUUUCCACUUUGUCCUAUUUUACUAAUUUACGCUUUAAGAAUUUGAAACUGAGUGCAAUACUACAUUUAUAACAAUUUGUAAUGAUAUAAAUCACGAUCAUUAUUUGUUAUGAACAGCAAUGUUUUCAUUUGUUGUUAUUGUUGCUUCUUGUGCAUUGUGAAUACGGUUCAAACUUUAAUCUCGAAGAGAUGAUGAUCUAUUGUGAAUAUCUGUCUAUAUUUUAGGAAACAAGAUAUUUUAAUGCGCAUUUUAUUCUAAAUUGUUAGUUAGGAAGACGUUAAGUAUAACAUUAGGUGGGGGAGGAUGGGGGGGGGGGGGGAGGUGUAUCGAUAGAGAAAAAAAUAUUCUAUCUCAAAGCAUGACUGAAUAGAUAAGAUAAAUGGAAGGUCAUGCGAAAGGUUAGAAUUAAUAUCCAAACGAUAAUAGUUUUAGGUCUAACUGAAAAUAAAAAAUCGUUGAAAUAUCUAUUAAAAAGAAAAAGAUACACGACCCGAUAAAUCGACAUUGUUACAAUGUACUAAUUUGCGUGUGUUAAUAGUUCCAUACCCGCAAAUUAUUUGCUGAAACGCAGCAAAAGUUGCUGAAAAGGCAUACCGAGAAUGCUUCUAAGAAGUAUCACAUGGAGCAUUUCAAUAAAUACAGAUUUAGAACAAAUUAUUUGGUACACUACUCUGGAAUGAAUAAUCUCAAUUCUGAAUAAUGAUCGAAUCUAUCUCCAUGUUUUCUCACUUCCUUCCAAGUCUGAGUAAAUAACACAUUUUGAAAUAUUGUCUUUCCUGUUGCCUUUCUUGCUUGUAUAUAUAAAUGAUGGGUGUGCACGUAUAUUUCAUUAAGAAUUGUCUGUAAAAUGUAUUUGCUUUACUGAACGAAUACGAAAUCGAAAGGCUUUAAAAAAAACAGAUUUCUUCUUAUUGUCCAAUAAUGUUGGAUAUACCUUCAUGUACGUGAAUAAAAACACCAUGUCACGAUUGUUGUAAAUAUUUACUGUACUUUUAUGAAUGUGGUACGUUUAUAAACCCAUUAUGAAUGAUAAUGUCAAAUCGGGACUUUCGUGAAACGUGCAAUAAUGAAACUUCCUUUCCACAUUUACACAAGAAUUUAUCGAGCAUAUUUUUGAAAAAUAUAUUGAUGUGUGUAUAUCUUAGAGCAAUAAAAUUGAUGAAACAUUUGAUAUUUUA